CGGGCAGGGUGCCAGUGCCCAGUGCAGGGCUGCCCCUCACACUGUCUUUCUCUUUGCUCACAGUUUGUGCGGAAGACUCGCAGUGCCGUGCUCGGGCUGAGGCUCGGGGUUGUGGUGCUACGGUGAGGAUGUCCCGCCGCAGUCCCCGUCUGGCCAACAACGGCUAUUACCAGCACGACGAUGACACCUCCAGCAGUAGCAGUGGCUCCGCCAAAUCCGGCGCUCCCUCUUACAAGGAGACUCCUGUGAGGUUGCACAAGAAAAGGUCAAACAGCAAGGGGCCGGGACCUGUGCCUGGUGUCAAACGUUCACCGUCCAACAGUUCAGUCAACAGUCUGAGUAGCUACAUCAGCAAUGUCAGCAACUUCAGCAAUGUCAGCAACGCCUCCACGCGCUCUCAGCACUCUCAGCACCUCGGCAGCAGCAGCGGCUGGCAGGAGCCCGUCGCAGUCGGAGGGCCGUCCAGCUUUGAGGAGAAAUUCAACAGAGCAUCCGGCAGGAUGGGGAUACUGACAGCACCUUCCACUUCUUCCCACACCUACUUGUCAUCCACAUCUGGCUACUCCUCCCAGGAUGAGCUGCAGGGUUUGGCCUACUCUAAAUCAUUCUCUCCCCUUGCCAAGCUGUGGGGCUGGAUCUUGCUGCUGUCUCCAGAAAAGGCUUUGCCCCUGGUGUACUGGUGGUUGGGCACAGCCUGGUACCAGUUAACAACGGCCAUCUCCUUGAUCGACGUCUUUACUGUGUCCAGGUGUGUCCCUCACGUGAAGAAGUGGAUGCUGCUGGUGUUGCUGGCAUUACUGGGUGUUGGCCUCUUGAUGGCAUCCAGAGGUAUCUGGUCUCGUCCCGAGAAGCUGGGCUCACUGGAAAGCCCUCAGGCUGGCCUGCAGGUGCGUGUGCAGAGAAUGGAGAAGGAGCUGGAGCUGCUGACCGCUGACCUCCGGGCUUGGCUGGACUGGGGCGGUGGGCCGUCUGAAACCAUACGCCUCCCUCCCCCACUGACACCAGCCCACAUCAUCAAGCUGCUGGGCAAGGUAACCCUGCAGAGACUGGAUGAGCUUCGGAACAUGCUGCCCUUCGAGUCGCUGGAGAGGGUGCAGGCUGACAUCGCCGCCAUCCAGCAGAAGCAUGAGGAGCGGACGGAGCCAGCACUGCGGGCAGUUGGUUGCAAUACCAAGAUGUUGUUGCAGAAGGUGAAGGAAAUGGAAUCUGCUGUGGAAAGGUUGACGGAUGAACAGAAGCAGCUACUGACUGCACUGGCGCUGCUGGAGGAGCAGCUCAGCCAGACACGGCUGGAGCUGCAGGCUGCACGUGUGGUAAACAAGGACAUGGACUCCAGCAUGCGAGCAAUGGAAAGCAGUGUGAAAAGUAUAAUUGAUGUAAGUUUUCCCAAAUAGUUUGUAUUUAACUGUAAAAGGCCAAAACGUAGCAUUUCUCCUUCCUUGGAGAUGAUCAAAGAGAUUGAGGUGAAGUGGAAAGUGUGGAAAGUAACUUCCCCUCUUCCCUCCCCUUCUCUAACACUCAACUCUCCCUCUCUACUGCGUUCUUCCCUUUCUCUCACUGUCUCCUUUUCCCCCUCUGCUCCUUUCCCUGUGUUCACGAUGUGGUCUCUACAUUGGAGAAACCAAACAGGCAUUGGGUUUCUACUUUGCAGAGCACAUGUGUACGAUCCAUGGGGCACUCCUGAGCUUCCUGUUAUCUCAUUUUGACUCUUGGAUGUAGGAGUGACCAAACAGUCUGACUUCCUGCGCUGUUGCAAUGAGGCUCAAGUAAUCUUGAGGAAUGGCAUCUCAUCUUCCGUUUGGGCUCAUGGCAGUCCUCUGGGCAUGAACUAAAUUCGAUAAUCUUGGGUGACUUGAUUCCUCUGUUAGUAUCAGUUGUCCAUUUGUGAUAAUAGGGUUGGAUUGUAUUUUAAAAUAUCCAAUAGUGGAGGGCAUGUGCACGUUGACCUGCCAGACAUGUCUUGUCUGAAAAGUGUCUCCACCUGAAACAUCACCUAUUCCUUCUCUCCAGAGAUGCAGCCUGUCCCAUUGUCUAUCUUCAGUUUAAUCCUGCGUUUGUGUUCCUUCCGUGAAUGUCUUCUUGCUCUGCAUUUUACAACUGCUACGACCUUUUGUUUAUUUUUCUUCUCACCUAACCGCUCCUAUUCACUCCUUGAUCAGAUAACUUUACUUGCAGCUUAUCGCCAUGGUCACCUGGUUUUACACUAUCAGAGCCAUCCACCCACCUGUGUAGCUUUACAAGUUUCUUUUGUCACCUCCCCAGUUAUAAUGAAGGGUCUUUGACUUGAAACAUGAAUUCUGUUUCUCUGGCUACAGUUGCAGCCUGACCCGAGUGCUCCCAGCAUUUUGUUUUUCAGAUAUAUUCCAUCAACAGUUUUCAUGCAUUUAUUCUAUUUUUUUUCCCUAUAUGACUGCCUCCUUUCAGUCCAUGUUAGCACACGUCCUCCAAUAUCUUGGGCUUACUUUUUUUUGCAGCAGCCUCAUAUGUGGUAAAUGACUUUUGGAGAUCAAAAUACACACCACAUUUCCAGGAGAUAGACAUAAACAGCUGGAGUAACGCAGUGGGUCAGACAGCAUCGCUGGAGAAAACAAAUAGAAAAUUCCUUUUCUCCAGAGGUGCUAUCUGAGUCACUCCAGCGUAUUGUGUCUAUCUUUGGUUUAAACCAGCAUUUACAGUUCCUUCCUGCUACAUUUACAGGUUUCCCUCAUCAACUCCCUAUCACAUCCUGUCAAGUUUUGUCACAAAUGAUUUUCAUUAACCCAUGUCGGGUGCAUUUGAUUAGAUUCAGCUCACCAAAUGAUUAGUUAUUUCCUCUUGCGAACUAUGAGUGCUGGAUGAAUUAGAAUCAUAGAGUGAUACAGUGUGGAAACAGACGCUUCGGCCCAACUCGCCCACACCUGCCAACAUGUCCCAGCUGCACUAGUCCCACCUGCCUGUGUUUGGUCCAUAUGCCUCCAAACCUGUCCUAUGCAUGUACCUGUCAAUUGACCUAUAGUUCC